UUAUGUAUACGAAAUAAGUUAUAUGAAAUGACAUUAUACGAAAUGACAUUAUUUAGAAAAUGAAAGUAAGAAAGGGUGUGAUACACUCCUAAAGGAAUGAACAUUGUAAACACCAGAAACCGUUGUCUUUGAGGCCCUUUAUGACCUGCGUAUUUUUCAUAAAUUUUACAAUAUUUAAUACUGAUACAUUUGAAUUUGUUUUGGUUUCAGCCUCACCAUACGUCACUAAACAUGUCUGCCGAAGCUGCCGUAACAACGGUACACUGUAUACUCAUCAUUACAAAUAUUAUUGGAAACACUCUUGUUUGUGUCAUCAUAACGAAAAAUAGAGAAAUGAGGAUUUCAAUAAAUUAUCUCCUUGUGAACCUAGCUGUGGCAGACAUAACCUUCGCGAUAUUUCUUGCACCAAAGUUCAUUCUAAGCCGUACUUUCACCCACCCAGACGGGGAGGCGGGUAAAGCUUUAUGCAGAUUGUUAACAGGUGGAACACUGGGCUGGUUUGGAGGAGUUUCCUCGGCGUUUACGCUGGUGGCUGUUGCUGUUGAACGCUUCUACGCUGUGAUGCAUCCCCAUGGAAACAAAGGAAGACUUACCAAGCGCAAGCUAAAGGUGAUCAUACCUGGUUCUUGGAUCUUUUCACUUAUGUUCACCUUCCCUGGAUUCCUGGUAACGAAUUUUGACAAGAGAAUCCAAAGCUGUGGGGAGACCUUUCCUGGUGAGUGGAUGGCCCAGGCUUAUAGCUUGAUAUGGCUUUUAGCCACGACUGCUCUUCCUUUGGCACUGAUGGUUGGCUUGUACUCCAUGGUCGUGUACACUUUGUGGUUCAAACGUAAUGACGACAAUGAACCUACCCACCAACAAAAGGGUGUUAUGAAGGUACGGAAGAGAGUCACCUUGAUGGUCAUAACUGUCAGCUCAAUCUUUGGAAUCUCGUGGGGGACGAGUUCAGUUUCCUACGCUUUAAAGCAUUUUACCUCCCAUAGUAGUGUUUACGUGGUCAUUACCAACACAAUGGCUCUGUUCAAUUCUGCAGUAAACCCCUUUGUUUAUGCUUUGUUCAACCAACAAUUUCGGGAGAAAGUUAAGAGGAUGAUGCGCUGUACCUUUCGUUUUGCAAGCAGGAUUGGUGCCACAAGGGAAACUGAGAAUGCUGAGGGCCCCAAAACUAUCAACCAUACAACAAACCCUAAAGUCGCAUUUUCUUAGAAGUAAGGAUUGUAAAGGUUAUCUUGGUGCUGCUACACGUAAAUUUGAUAUUCUGUGCAUGAAAAGUGAGAUCGCGGUGCUAGUUCAACGCUGCGCGUAUUUGUACUCGGCAUUCUUUUUGGCGUACAUCUCUUUGGAAGUGCGAAAGGCACAGUGGCCUCAUGGUUAUUGUGCUCGAAUUUGGUCCAGGUACGAGCCCUGGCCGGGGACACUGUGCUGUCUUCUUGGGCAAGACACUUUACUGUUACAGCUACCCUCUCCACUCAUGUGCAUAGUGGUCGGUACCGGCGAAUCUAGUGCUGGGCGGCAACCCAGCGAUGGACAGUAGGAGCCAGUAGAAAUACUCUCAGUUGCUUUAGACUACAGAAACCGGAAAUAAGCAUCGGUGUGAUGGGCCAGGUGGCUCGUAAGCAGACUUUAUACCUUAUUAUCGGGACAAGAUGUCAAUUUCAACAAUGACAGGGCUCAUAUUUAGAUACCCACAAACAAUACUGAGCGCAGAAAAUCACUUGACAUAAUGUCGGAAAAAAAGAAAAUACGAUGUAGAGUAAUACGGGUUUACAACAGGGGAGCUAUAGGCUUACAUUCAGGGGAGGACUUUGCAAAUAGAUCAAAGGAUCUUGCGCUGAUAAUUGCAACGACAGUAUAGUUUGCAAGAAGCCUGUGGUAAACUCUCUGUGGCAUGAACUCGGCUCGUUCAGCUUACAUCUUUAGAUCUUCUUGAUUUGUAUCUGGGCUUUUGUGAAUAAAUAAAAUCCAGCUUAUUUAGGAAAAAGGAGGUCGAUAUCCAAUUAAAUCAUGUGGGGAAAGAUAGAAAUUUGUGAGCACCGUAUAUCGUGAAAGGGACACCUCGUGAGCUAAUUUAAAAAGAAUAUGUCCCUCACUCGCGUGCGUCUGGAGAAACCGCAUGGAGACCUAAUCACACACUUAGCAAACUCCGCCUUCGAACAGAACGUCUCAGUGAAAGCCGUUUUUGCUAUAGACACCACCUGUACUGGUAACACGUUGGCCUACUAUUCUGGGGCAUGUCAAGCGUGGAAUGACCAAUAAUAGCUACUUCAAAGGAUGUUGGACAGGCCACCAACAGAUCCUGCAGUCGUCCUAGAGGCCCUGACCGAACUGGACGUCAACACUUGAAAACCCAAGAAGGAGGAAAUAGCAAAAGCAAUUCGAAACUACAGAAUGAAAAAAAACAAGGCCCGAUGGAGAUCCUAAGGGCAUAUACAAACUCCUCGACUCAGAUGCUGUAUGAAAUCUUCGAUAGAGUCUGGGAAGAGGAAACCAUUCUUUAUGAUUGGAAGGAAGGAUAUGUGAUAACAAUUCCCAAAAAGGGAGACACCAAACAGUAAUGACUUUAGGGGAUUGACCAUUUUAUAAGUGCCACGGAAAAUUCUCGGCGAAUUAUCCUGCAAAGGUUAAUUGUUGCACUUCGUGGAAUCUUUAGGGACCAGUAAAUGGGUGUCAGAUAGAACAGGUCUUGUAGUGACAAUAUAUCGCAACCCUAAGAAUUAUUCCAGAGCAGUCGCUGGAAUGAAACUCGCGGUCACUCUAUAGCACACGUUCAUGCACUUCGGAAAGGCCUUUGACAGCGUCGAUCAACACGUACUCUGGAUGAUCCUCCACCACUAUGGAAUACUAAAGAAAUCCAUCUCUAUCAUACAGAACACCUACUAUAAUUCUCAGAUCAGAUUAAUACUAAUCGAUUUUUUUUCGUGAAGAUUGAAGCUUAACAGAACUAUAUCGUAUCAUCCAUGUUGUUUCUCCUGGUUAUCGAUUGGAUAAUGAAGCUUAAGACUACAACUUAAUAAUCAAGUGGACCCUCCUCAACCAACUGCAUGAUCUGGAUUUAGCUGAUAAUAUUGAUAUGUUUUUACUUGCAUUUUUACGUACAUAUU